CGAACCAAAAACAAGACAGCGGCAAAAAAUAAACAAAAUAUUAUUGCUAAAUUACUAAUCAUUCGCGUGAAUUGUAGUACACCUUGCUCAACAUGGUUUACAUACACUUCCCGACCAAUUUAACUGAGGAGGAGCAGAUGCUGCAGGCCAAGUACCAAAAACUCAAGAAGAAGAAAAAGGCCCUGCAGGCGCACAAGGCGCCCAAGCCGGAGCCGGAGAGCUCCCUCACCCUGAAGCGUCCCACGGAUGCCCGGGAUGCGCGCGAGGUGGCGAGGAAACUGAUCAAAAGCGGAGCCAUUCCCGCCAUCCAGAAGCAGACCAAGCAGGAUCAGACCUCCUUCAAGCGGCCCAAGGGGCAGGAGAGGGCCAAGCGCUCCACCUCGGAGACCAGCGUCGCCUCCUACCAGCCCUUCUCGUCCACCCAGAACGACGUGGCCCAGGAGACGAUCAUCAGCGAGAUCAUCAAGGAGGAGCCGCGUCGGCAGAAUCUCUACCAGCACUUUGCCACCGAGCGGGAUCGCGAGGAGCGCGGCAUGCCCGAGAAGGUGCCCAUGGACACGGCCCAGCCGGAGAAGCCAAGGGCAGGAAACACUAUCUUCGUGUCCGGCAACAAGGUCACCGAGGAUUUCCUCAAGAAGACCUUCAACGACUAUGGUACCAUAGUCAACGUUUCCAUGGAGAUCGAGAAGAGUCGCGGCUUUGUUUCCUUCGCCAAACCGGAGUCCGCAGAUCGGGCCAUUGCGGAAAUGCACGGCAAGAAUGUGAACGGCAUCAAUUUGCAGGUGCAGCUGGCUCGACGUCAGCCCCAGAUUGAGCCCAUUAACGAUGCCUCCUCGUCGGCAGUCUGGUCUUCCAUUGCUGCCAGCAAGUCCCAAAAGGGCAGCCACAAGGACCACCGCGAGAUGGUUCAAUACGAUGAGGAUUUCUUGUUGUAA